UUGUCUCCCACUUUCUGUUUCACACUAUCUUGGAACUCUGGCUGCCAAAAGCCCAUGACCAUAUGUGGCCCCUUGAAUUGGACCUUAAAAAUUAUAAGACAAAAUUAGCUUUUUUUCUUCAAAGGUUACUCAGCCUCAAAUAUUUCAGUGUAGUAAUAAUAGAGGGAGGACUAUAUAUGGGUUGCGUGUGUGUGUGUGUGUGUGUGUGUGUGUGUGUGUGUGUGUGUGUAACAUUAGACAGAAAAGCAAAAUAUCAGCUUAUCAGAUUCCUGUUAAUUUAGAGUAAUGGUUAAGAUCAGAAAGAAUUAUUAUUCUGACAGUUCUUCUUUGAUGGUGGAUAGGACAACCCAAUAUGCAGAGACGAGUAAGAAGAAAGAAAAGGAAUUUCUCAGUCUGUGUACCGCUGCCCUCCACUUACUGGGGAUGGUGAUACCGUCAGCCCAUCUUGCAGGUUUUUACUCCUAUGUCUUCUUUUGUGUCUAAGAAGUGAAAAUUACCACAGAUUCAGAGAGUCAGAGAUUUCUGAGCUGCAAGGGAUGGAUGAGUACUGAGGUCACCCAGUUGUUUUACAACUUCUGGACUCUAGAAUUCAGAAUGUAUUUAGGUUGCUCAGAGGUAAGGCUGUGAGAGAUCCCCCAGGCUUCCUAGGUUGAGGUUACCAGUUUGUCAAGUGUAACUGUGCAUUAAGACUAAUUUAACGGAAAUGACAUGUGUACUCGUAGAAGGCCUUUGGGUUUCUACCGAAACCUCCUCUGGCUAGCUUUAGAGAAAAUGAGGAAUUUAUUGAAAGGAAGCUGAAGUUUUGCAAACAAUUGCACAAAACUAAAGGAAGAACUGACCAAGCAAGUCUGUGAUGGGAAAGGACCUGCAGGGGUGUGGUGUUACCAGAGUGCUUGGAGCAGAUGUCUCUGUCUCUCUGAUCUAAAUAGGAGACUGUUGUUUCCUUCCACACAGGCCUCAGCAUAAGCAGGAUGUGCUGAAGCAAGCCUCUCCCACCAGGGCAUCCCCCAAAACACCAUCCUCUUACCCAAAUUUUUUUUGGCCUGGGGUGGAGCCAGGACUUGUGCAUUUAUCUUAAAAGAUCUGGUGUUAUUCAGAUACAGGGCUAAAACAAAGGCUCUUGGUCUUCUGCACUGACAGAGGAUGUUCUGUUUUAACCAGGUUGGCUAAAAAAAAGAUGUCUCAAUGGAUUAAGGAUAAUGAAUCUAGCAAAGAUGAAUAUUUGUAGGCCAGUGCAUAGAAGACAUUCACAAGAAUUCUCCUAGAUUAUGUGCUUAGUAGAUGUUCUGGAGAUAUAUAUAUUCUUCAAUUCUCAUAGAGUUGUUAGCAAUAUCCAUACUCUCCAAACGAGUUAGCUGAGGCUGGGGGAUUACGUGACUUCCCAAAGUUUAGGCUUACGAUUUAUUAGAUUUUGGUCACCACUCUCAGCAAACACAACUAUUGCGAUACCCAAUAGAAUUCUGACCCAUUCUUUCUGGUUGGUGCCCAUGAAGGACUAUGCAGGGACUUUGGCAAGAAUUCUCUGCCUGCACGGAGGCUAAUACUAGGUGUACAGGUUUCCACAGCCAGACAUUUCUUGAUGGCAGACAUUUCUGACAUCAAGGAUUUUAGACGUGUGACCAAGGCAGAGCGCAUCUUUGCAGAAUCCAUGAGAGAAAAAAAAUCUCAAGUACAGGAAGAAAGGUGGACCAGGCUGGGUCUUCAGGGCUGAUUAAGGGGAAAUAUGAAAAAUGUUUGAGUGUGGUUAGCCAUAGUUGUUUUCUUUUUAAGAGGAGGAGGAAGUUGGGCUUGCAGUUCGGUGGUAGAGAGCUUACAUUGCUUGCAUACAUCCUGAGUUCCAUCCCUGAGAACAAAAGACCAAAAUAAACAAGAAACAGUGACAUUUUGAUCUUUGUCUUGUUAGAAGUGGAGAUCCAAUUGAGUUUGUACGUUUCGAGAGUUUGGUGAGUCUAGGGUGAAAUAUAAAUUUAGUAACCUGGUGAAAGCAUGCUUUUGGUGAAGGAAAUGGAACAGAUGGAUGGAUAGCAUGUUAGAGCCCAGAUUGGUUCCCUUGUAACCUCCACAGAGAAGAGAGAAAAAAGGAUAGGCCUCACCGAAACAACUUCUGCCUGAGUGAUUUGGAAAUAGGCUGAUUUCAGCAGGAAGGGAUGGUGUAGACAGCAGGCAACUGUGAGUUCUCUAAAGAAUUAAUCCCUUUGGGUUUAAUCAUUAGGCAAAUUUAGCUUCCUGGUUUCAAAAAGAGAAAACAUACCCACACACAAAAAAGAAAAACUAGGUCCCCUGGGAACAAGUAGCUUCCUCCUCUUAGGGCUGCUUGAAAGAAGUUCCUUUCCUACUCAGCGUGAAGCAGUCUGGGGAGGCAGCCAAGAGGCCAUGGGGUCCCAGGGAGGGAAGAUGUGCUUCUGGGGGUGAGAAGCUGAACACACUGGCUGCAGUGGCAGGCUUGGAAGACUGAGGGCUGAGAGUCAGCUUGUGAAUUCUGCAUCCACAGAAACAAAAGGGAGGGCUCCUGCAGCUGGGCCCCCUGUCUUCUGAUGCUUGCACUCACACUUACCAAGACCUAAGGGUACAAAGUAGAUCUCUCUCUCUCUCUCUCUCUCUCUCUCUCUCUCUCUCUCUCUCUCUCUCUCUCUCUCUCUCUCUCUUUUCCUCUCUCUCUGCUUCCCUGUGGGCAGAAUCAAGAAGAAAUGUGAAAGCCAGUUGAAAAAAGAACAAUCUAUAAAUAUGAAAUGAUUUCCUGCCAAGUGUUUGAUCAUGAACUGUAAACACAGGGAUGCCAUCCAGCUGAAGAGUCACCUGGAGCCAGUGUGAGCCAAAGAUCUGAAAUUUCAGCCACUCAAUUUCACGAAAAGGAACUGAGGGCUGGACCAGGAGCAUAUUCCGAAUCACUGAGUGCUGGGACAGUCAAAGUGCUGCCAUCGUUCACAGCAUUUCUUUUUCAGGCAUGAAAUAUGUCAUUUCUAGACACUUUGAUAUGCAUGCAAUUGACAUUAAAACUACUAGCAUAUUUAUGCUGUUCUUGAAAAUCAUUUUAUUACUUGAUGUGUGCACAUGUUUUCCCUGCAUGCAUGUAUGGUUACGGCAUGUGUGCCCUCGGACACCACAAGAGGGCAUCAGAUACCUGGAAUUCGGUUACAGAUGGUUGUGAACUACCAUAUGGUUGCUGGGAAUUGAACCCUGGUCCUUUGGGAAAGCAGCCAGUUUUCUUAACCACCAAGCCAUCUCUCCAGCCCCAGUAUAUGGGGAGUGUACAAGAUCAUAGAUUUCACUAUGAGACUUACACACACACACACACACACACACACACACACACACACACGCAUACCCUUUCCCAUGCCGUCCCCUCCAUCUUCUUGCCUGCCCCACCCCCAACCGCUUCCCAAAGCCCUUAGGACGUUUCAUUUAAUGAUUUUGUUUGUUAAAAAAAAAAAGUCACAGGAGCCUCUCUUCCUUCAAGUGUGAUUAAGUCACUCUGCUCUGGCUUUAAGGGACCAGGAAGGAAGCUGAGACACAACCCAUUGUUUACCUACUUGUGAGAAUCAUUUAACAUCUGGUAUUUUAUUUAGUUCUCACAGUAACCUUUGGAAGAGUGGAAUUAUCUAAUUUCACAGAUGAAGUAAACACAUAUUAAGAAACUUUUCUAGUGCUUAUGUGUCUACUAAAAAAUGGAAGGUCCAGGUUGGACCCAGUUUCCCCCAUACUAUUGUCUUUUUCUGCUUUAUGUCAGGGAGAUGGUUGUUUUAAAGUGAGAGUCUUUUAGCCCAAAUCCUUUGAGUGACUCCCAAUUCCUAAUGAAGUGGGUGGGAUUUGGCUCAGUUUGUGGUGUAGUUGUGUCUGAAAGUAAAAUAACCUUGAGAACUAAUAUUUAUUGAUCAUUUAUAAUAAACCAAAAAAAAUAUGGCCAAAAGGAGUGGGUUCUACUUAUAUGCUUGUUAUAAACCACAAAACAUAGUUUAUAGAAUUUCUAAGUCCUCUUUGAUUCAACAAAUGGUGCUUGGCCACUGCCUUGUUGACCAGGUAGCCAUUGGCCUCCUUUCUCUGUUUAAGGUACCGACAAUUGUUUGCCCAGUAGCCUAGAAAUUAGUGAUUUUGUUUGUGUAAGAGGCCAAGAUGCCUCUCUUCACUUAAGUAUGAUGAUGUCACACAGGUGACAGAGGUGACGUUGUGUCUGCCCCCCAGGGUGUGUGCAGUGGAGUUGAGGAAAGAGUUGUACCUGCGUCCAAUGCAGAGGACUCAAUGCACACGGAAAGUCUCAUUGUGAGUUAUUAAUGGCGGGACUCGUAACUGAGGAGAAAAGAGAUAAGAGGCAGAGGAGUACAUGAGUUGUGGAAGGCCAGCUAGUCAGACUUUGCAUUUGGUCUGGCAGGCUGGUCAGAUUUGCCUACAUGGGAAGAACUUGCUAAAAUAGAUAUGGGGAGACAAGAUGACCGCCACGUUCAUCAGUUGUGUCCCUGACAGAAGUUUUCUGCUGGAGCCACGCAGAUGUAGGCUGGAGAGAGGUACUGCCAGACCGUGAGCAUGUGAGCGUGUACUCCUGGCAAAGAAAGACAAUGCUCUUAGAUCUAAUGAGAGGUGACAGUGAGGAUAAUAUUGAAUGCUUAUUACACAUUUAUCCUAUCAAAUGGCCUUUAUUGUACAAUGUCUAUAGAAUGUCUAGAAUGCCCAUCUUUGACAAGUCAGCAAUGCACACUACUGACAGAAAGCCUGGCUGUCAUGGACCUACAUUUACAUGACAGAUAAAAUAGGUAAAUUCUUGGGCUAGUGUCACAGAAGAACAAAGAGAGCUAUGAGUCGGGAGAGCACUCGGAAGAGGACAUCACAUUUCUAAAGCUUGUUUCUCUGUGUGUCCUUUGUACUAAACCAGAAAGGUAAGAGAUGGGAGGAAGUGUCUGAAGAAUUUUAAAUGUAAACUAAUGUUCCUAGUCAGAACCACAGUACAAGGGCAGAGGGAAGACCAAUGCCAUAGGGACCAGCUGGUGGACAACCUCACCUCUAAAUAGAUCCUAUAAUCAUUAAUAUCAAGGAAAUCUGCUGGGGAAAAAAUAAUGUAGGGAAGAAAAUCAAAAUAUACCAUUUUCUCAUGCAUGUCUUCCCAGAGCUCAGAACCCAAGUGUAAGUCUAUCACAGAAUUGACAGGACCUCAUGAGGUUAGAUUUGACUAGAAAAAUGCAACCCUGCAUGGUUGGGGCUUCCCAUGCUGAGUGGUCAGUACAGUGAGGAAUUUAAUAAACAAUGAGAAUCAAUAGAAUUUUGUGAUAUGCUGUCGAAGUACAUAGGUAAAGUAAAUAAUGUCAAAGGAUUUCUUACCAGGAGUAAGUGUCACAGGCCUUUAAUUCCAGCACAUGGAAUGCAGAGGCCAGCCUGGUCUACAGAGUGAAUUCCAACAAGGCUAGUGUGACACAGAGAAUCCCUGUCCAAAAAAAGAAAGAAAAACAGAAAAAAAAUCUUUCAAACUUUCAACAUGUUACAGAGGUACAAAGCAUUGUAUUUUAUCUUAGUCUUGGAAUUUUUAUGGUAAUAUUGCAUGACGUUUGCUUGUGUUUUUGUGUUCUUUAAACAUUAAAAUUUUCCUUUUAAUUUUAUCUUACUGUUUUUAAAAUGUCUGUCUUUCUGUCUUCCUUUCUUCCUCCCUCCAUCUCUUUCUUUCUUCCUUCCUUCCUUUCUUCCUUUCUUUCUUUCUUUCUUUCUUUCUUUCUUUCUUUCUUUCUUUCUUUCUUUCUUUCUUUCUUAUUAAUUACUUAUGAGAUAAGCUGGCCUUAAAUUUAAAUAGCAGAAGAUGACACUGAACUGAUCCUCCUGCCUCUACCCCAGGCACUGGGACCACAGACAUGUACAUCCCACUGAGCAAGUUUUACAUUUUAUAAGAAAACAUGGUCUAAAACUGAUUGACAGUGUUCCCUAAAGUAUUAGUCCCUGGGAAAGCCAGGAACGUCUCUGUCUGGACUGUAGACAAUGCAGAAAGUGAAGGCAGGAUCGCUCAGUGCCAGCUCCUGCCCUCAGUGCUGGCUGGUGGUCACACACACAUGCUGUGUGUUCCUGACACCAUACACAAGGUAUACAGCCUCUGUUCACACAGGCUCACUGCUCUCUCUCCCCGGUACUUAGCCACUCUUGGCUCAUGGUCCUCUGCCUUCAAUUUUCUUUUUUCUAGUAGUCGUAGAAUGAAAGAAACUCUGAGUAGUGAGGUCCAAAAGCGGAGUAAGUUUUGGAUAUAAGGACACAGUGCUGUUUGAAAAGUUGUCAUACAUUGGAAGGAAACAUCCUAUUUCUGUUAUAUUUUCAGAGUCACAGUCACUCACAAGCGGGUCCCGUGUACCUUGCCAUGACACUUCUCAGACCUUUGGAAUGCUACUCCAUGUCACUGUCCUGUUUCUCUGUUCCAUGUUUUUGCAGUUGACACUUGCUGCUUUUGAGUCACAUCAGACACAGCCAACUUGGUCACCCACAGCUAAGAGGUGGGUGAGGGAAGCUCACACAGCUGAGCCAGUGCUGGAACCAAGCCUUCGAGGCAUUUCCCCUGAAAGCUUCAAGUUCCCUACAGCAUUCUGUGAUGUCACUUGGUGCCCUGAGGUGGCACCAAGAGUCACCCUUUUGUACCAUCUCUUGUUGUGGCUCUUUUUGGCCUCAUUUUUAAGAGGAACAGCUCUGGACCUGCCCAGGCCUUUGCUUCUUUUCCAUUUAAAACUCCCAGGGUCUGUUAAAGUCUCUUCAGAACACUGUGGUGUCCUGCACUGCAUCGCUUAGCCGAGUAAUAAAACGCCUUGCUAAGCUUUGAGAAUCUUGGGAGAGGUUCAUGGCCUAGGGUUAACCUCCAUACUUUACCACAUACUCACGAGUGUGCCUCAAGAAAGAAAGCCUUCCUGUGUCCUUCCCUGCUUUCAAUAUUUUUGGACCCAGCACCAUUCAGUGGCCUUUGAGCUGAGACCACCCUGUUCCCAUCUGAGGGAGGGAGCACUAGACAUCAGGUCACCUACAGGUAUGGGACUAGUUCCUGUUUCAGGACAACCUCAGGGGCCACCUUGGGUGCAGGUGAAUUAGAUAAAUUUGUAUUUUAUUUAGAACCUCUAAAACCAGUUUUGGUUUCAGGGUUUUUUGGGUUUUGGUUUUUUUUUGGUUUUUUUUUUUUUGGUUUUUUGAGACAGGGUUUCUCUGUGUAGCUCUGGUGUCUUGGACUCUGUGUAGACUAGGCUGGUCUUGAACUCACAGAGGUCUACCUGCUUAUUCCUCCCGAGUGCCUGGAGUAAAGGCAUGUGUCACCACACCUGACAUAACCAUGUCUUUUUAAGUGUAAAAGACUGUAGCUCAUGUGGAUACCGUGAUAAUGAAAAAAUAAAGAAAAAUAAAAACUGACCUAUCAUGGGAGAGUAAGGGUUAAGAUUUUUGUUUCAGUUUCCUUGGCUCUUAACAUGCCUUGUAACUUUUUUAUGGAAACAUAAUGUAUAUUAUAUUAAAACACUUUUGAACAAAAUUUAAUUAAAUAUUUUUAGUUAAUUAUAGUUCUUUUAGCAUUCUUAAACAUGUAUCAAAAUAUAUAGUGCCCCACAAAUAAGAACAAUUUUUAUGCUUUGUGUACUAUCAAUUAUUAUUAUUAAAAUUAUUAUUAAUUAUUUUUAUUUUACUCUUAGAAAUUGAACCCAGGACCUUGAGCAUUUGGAACACCACUGAGCACAUCCAGCCCUGAUAAAAUUAAUUAGAAAGUAGUUCUUAGAUCAGUCAAAGGAAAUACCCAAUUUAUUUAUCAAGGAGAUGACUCAGUGAAUAAAGUGUCCAGGCUAGAUUGAGAAACUGAGUCCCAGCAUUCCUGCAUCAAGAGUGGAGCAGAGACAGGAGAAUGGCCAGAAGUUCAUGCCAGCCAGCUUGUGGCCCCGAGAAAAAGGAGCAUGAGACUCCAACAGACCUAAGGUCAACAGAUACACACACACACACACACACACACACACACACACACACACACACACACACGACAGAAACAAAGACAAAAACAGAAAGAGAUUUAAAAAUUCCAGAACAAUAAACCAGGCAGUGGUGGCACAGGCCUUUAAUCCCUACACUUGGGUGGCAGAGGCAGGCAGAUCUGAGUUCAAAGACAUCCUGGUGUACAAAGUGAGUUCCAGGACAGCCAGGGCCACACAGAGAAACCUUGUCUCCAAAUUUUAAAAUAUAUAUAAAAAAGUAGUUUCUCCCCCAGGUUACAAACUGCUGGUAAAGUCCUGUUCACUACAUGAGUUGAUAAAUUAUCUGAACAAUCUCAAGGCUACAUUAUCAAAUGCACUUUCUUUAUUGUUUUUAUAAGCCCCAUCUAAUUGCAUGUUUUAUUUCAUAUAAACAACUAUGGGCAUAUUAGGAAUAAUGACUAUCAUUAAGCAUUAAUAGUGCUCCCCACUCUUAUCUCAAGCUAAAAGUGCAGAUGCUUGAGAAUUGUCUCAAGAAGAAUCAGUGAAAGUCUACUUCGUCCCCCCACCUUUCUUCCUCUCCCUCCCCUCCCCUUACAUUCAGCCCAGGGGUUUCAGAGCAGGCCAAGUAGCCCUGUGACCUUGGUAAUUGCAAGGCUAUUGGGUGUUGAGGGGCACAUGCUGUGCUAUAGAACUUUCCUUGUAGAAAUGCUUUUAGCUAAUAGUCUUUGUAAAAUUCCUUUCUUUAAAACUUGAUUUAAAAGUUUUCAGAUUGUGACCUAUUCUGUCAGAACAUAUUAAAGGCAUUAAUGGAGUAAGGGCCAGUUUUAGAAUUGUAGAAAACUGAGCAGAAAGCACAGAGUCCCUGUACAGCUCUCACCAAUCCUCCUCCCACUCACCAAAUUCCCGUAAGAGCAUCUAGGGGUUGGUUAGAGUUGAUGACAGUUCCGUCCAAUACAUUGUUACUGCAGGUCCACAGUUGUCACUUUUUUUGUUUGUUUGUUUGGUUUAGUUUUUUUGUUUUGUUUUUUGUUUUUUGUUUUUUGUUCUCCCCAUUCCCCAAGAAGGGUUUCUCUGUGUAAAAACCCUGGCUGUUCUAGAACUCACUCUGUAGACCAAGCAAGCCUCCAAUUCACAAAGCUCCACCUGCCUCUGCCUCCCGAGUGCUGGGAUUGAAGACGUGCACUACACGUCCAGCAUGACAUUGGCACUUUUCAUGUUAUAUGUUCGUUCUCACUGUUCUUGUUAUAUAUUCUAUGGAUUUUGAAAAAUACAUAAUAAAAUGUUUCCACCAUAAACUUCAUGAAAUAGAGUCAGUAAAACAUCCCAGUUGGACUGCUCAUCCCUUCCUCCUCUCAGCCCCUUGACAAACACUGACCCUGUUUUUCAGUCUCUGUUCUCUGCCUUUUCCCAACUGUCAUGUGGUUGGAGUACACAUUGGGGAGCCAUCUCUCAUGGGUUUAUUUCCUUAGUAAUAAGCAGUAACUGCACCUCCGUGGAUAUCUUGGUUGCUUCUACAUUGUUGUCGAUUAUGAAUAAAGGUACUAUUAACAUCCCUGCGCAGAUUCUUCAGCGUUCUAGCAUAACUACCAAGGAGUGGGAUUGUUGGACCACACAGUAAGAAAACCCUUAAAACCAUGGGUUGUUCUCUAUGUUGUUCUCAGCAGUGAGACAAUCCUGCUGCUCCUCAUCCGCCCAGACAACGGGUGGUGUUGGUAUUUUAUGAGCUAGCCGGUUUCAUACAUUCAUGGAUGUCUCAUUAUUGUUUUAAUUUACAGUUCCUCAUUACAUAAUGUGGGGUAUCUUUUCAUGGCCACCUGUAUGCCUCUUUAUUUUUUAGUCUCACUUUUUGAAGAGGGCAUCAGAUCCCAUUACAGAUGGUUGUGAGCCACCAUGUGGUUGCUGGGAUUUGAACUCAGGACCUCUGGAAGAAGAGUCAGUGCUCUUAACCACUGAGCCACCUUUCCAGCCCCUUUUUAUUACCAAGGGGAACUCUUGAAACUUAGAGAACGACUCGUGGAAAUCGGUUUUCUCCCUUCCACCAUAUAGUAUCAAAGGACCAAGUUCAAGUCUUCAGGCUUGGACACAUGUGCUUUUGCUCACUGAAGUGCCUUGCUGGCCCCUAGCCCCUGUAGACUUUUGGAGUUUUUUUGGGUUUUGUUGUUGUUAUUGUUGUUGUUGUUGUUGUUGCUGUUGUUUUUAGGUAAGGUGUUUGCUAAAUACUUUCAUACAUUUUUAAUAUAUUUAAUAUAUUUUUAAUAAUGGGUUACUUGUUUUCUCAGUAUUGAUUUUUUUAAGAGUUCCUUUUAUAAUUUGAUUGCCAGCCUUUUACUAAAAAAGAACUUUUAAAAAGAUUUUUUUUUUCCUGUUGUGGCUCAGCUUUCUUUUCCUUGUUUCUUUGAUGUUUCUUUUUUUGAGAUAGGAUCUUACCAAGUUGCCCUGGAGCUCUAAGUAAACCAGACUGGCCUGGAAGUCCCAGGGAUCCAGCUGGAGCUGCCUUCCGAGUGCUAGGCUUAAAGAUAUGCACCGCCCUGCUUCUCCAUCCUUCGCUUUCUUUAAUGCUGACUUUUGCAGAGCAGAAGAUUUUAAUUUUAAUAAACUUCAACCAUUUUUCUUUUGGAUCUUAAAAUUCAGCACCAGCCCAUGUCCUCCUGUAUUCUUUUUUUUUCUGUAUUAUCUUCUAGUUUUGCAUUUUACUUUAGAUCUGUGAUUGAGACUGGAGUAAGGCUUGGGUCUGGGUCAUUAUCCUCGUCAACCCCAUUAUGAUGUUCUGUUGCUCUAUACUGAUUGUUGACAAGAUACCCUCUGUUUACCGCCGAACCACCUUUAUUCCUCUGCCAGAGACUGGCUGGUUACGUGUGUGUGAUUCCAUUUCUGUGUACUAUGUCAUUUUAAAUGAGUUUUUAGUUUCUUUUAGUGAAAAUGAAAUCUGAGUUGCUAAUCUUGGUUUGGCUGUGGGGACCUUUGGCUGUGCUGUGAGGGGAAAUAGAUACACUGAGUCAUUCAUAGGCCCGUUGGGUCACUCAUACUGUUCUAUCAUUAGCCCCUGAGACUCUUUAUACUAAGACCACAGGCAGGCUGGCAGUAUUGUUACUGAACAUUUCAAAAUCCAUUUCAGCCUUCAUUAGGCCUACUGAUCUUGAAGAUGAGCUCUCUGUCAGAGUGUCAGACAUCUGUUUAGACGGGUCCUCUCAUCAUGCUUCUUCUAUAUUAAACUCAUCGUUUACUGAAGAACAAGAGAACAUAUUUGUUCUGUGCAGUCUAUAACAUGAAUGUUAAUACUUGAGGGUUUCUGUCAAUCAGUAAAAUGGCAGCAUUCAGUCAGGCAGGUUUCAUCGAAGGACAUCACGCAAUGUCAAGAGACAUUUGUGGUCAUCACAAACGGUCGUGGCGUGGGGGGGGGGGGGGGAUGGAGAACUUCAGUAAGUAAGAGCCAGGCCUGCUACAGAAGAUCCUGCACUGUACAGGACUGCCUCCUCUUCAGCUAUUGUCCUGCUUGAACUGUUCGGAUUACAGAGGCUGAGAAGCACUGCCUUCCUCGUUAGGUUGGCCUCUAGAUGAGUAUGAGUUGUAUGGAUUUGCUGUCCACACCUAACAACUGUGCAAACACGGGCACAUCCAAAGUAACACCAAGUCAUCUUUCAGUUUCCCUAUUUCCUGCUCUCAUCUGUUACAUCCAUUUUGUGUUGGGGUUUAACUAUUUAUGUGAGACAGAGUCAACCAUUGUGUAUGUUUCUAAACAUAGAUGGCUGGACUGUUGGUCAUAAAGUCUGAGUCCAGAAAGAAAGCUGAUGCUUUACUGGUGCAUCUUGGUUUGUUGUGUGAUUCUGGUCCUGCCUUUAAUUUCCCCCUUAAGACCUUCAGUUGGCUCAUUUCCCUGUGCAUAUAUGUUUUCAUGAGCUCAUCCUCUCUUCAUAUUGUUCCUUUUUGUUAAAAGAAACAAAAUUUUAAAAAAUCCUCGGUUUCAGUCAUCCACUGUUGUCUUCCUCAGUGAGAUUGCCAGGGAGAGUUCUGCAAGUGGGAAAGUCAAAUGGGAGGGGCUGCUUCCUGUAUGCUGACCUGGGACCAUCAGUCAGAACUGGGAGAGGUCUGUUGGUAGCUGGGCUCUGUCAUAUGCCGUCCUCUACCUGCUUCUGUGCAGCUACACCAGGUUUUUCUCUCUCCUCAGCUCAUUCCAGGCAGGAAGCUUUUGCUUGACAACUUAUUUUUGCUAUGGUCCCUCUGAAAUUCCCCAUUGGACCCUCUCAGUCUUCCAGAGCACACUUGGGCUCAUUGCCGGCAUGGCCAGAGAUUUUUCUAGAAAACUAGUAACAAAUCGUCACAACUGAAUUUCAUUUCCUUUUAAAUUCUCAGCAAGGCCGACAGCUCCAGCUGUACUCAUCUAUCCCAAAUUAUUCAGUCCUAUAGACUACCAGAGCUGCAGGCCAGAAAAUCCAUAGUAGCUUUGUGCAGUCUCAUUCAAAUUAUUUGAUUAAAGAUUUAAUAUAUUUCCAUUUAGUAGGUUAUACAUAAAAUAUAUAGUGAUCUAUAUAGAAUGAGUAUAGAUCGUUAUGUAACUUGUACGUAGUAUAUAUAAUAAAUAUAUAACAUAGAUGCUGUGUAUAUUGUUUAUAUACACAUACUUUAUGUUCACAUAGAAUUUGGAAAGACAAAAUUCAAAACUUAUUAUACAGGUUUCAGUGAUUAAAAUCAGAUCAUUAAGCUUUUCAACAAGCAUAUGUACUUGCUGGGCCAUAGUACUGGAUCCACCCUGCUGCCACCCCUGCUGCUGCUGCUUCUCCUCCUUCUCCUUCUCCUCCUCCUCAUUCUCCUUCUUCAUAAAAGAUUUUUAUUCAUUCUUUGAGCAUUUCACACAUGUCUCCAGUGUAUCUUGGUCACAGUCAUCCUCUGCUCUUUCCCCUAACUCCUUUUCUAUAUCCUCCCCAAUUUCCUGACCUUCGUUUUUUUCUUUUGAAUAAUCCAAUGAGUUCAGUUCAUGCUACCCACAUAUACCCACAAAGUUCGGUUGACCCAGGAGCCACACCCUUAAUAAAAGAUCCUUCCUGACCCCAGAAGCCAUCAUCUGCCAACAGCUCUUCAGUUAAGGUGGUAGCUUGUGAACCUUCCCCUCUCCGUAUAGUGAGGCUGGCUGGCUUGAUCUUGUGUGGGACUUGAGCGGACACCCAUAGUGGCUAUGCACCCAUGAGUGUGUGGUCCUAUCAUGUCCAGAAGACAGUGUGGCUCUGGUGCUUCCUGUCCUCUGCUCUUAGACUCUUUCUAUCUCAUCUUCCAUAGAGGGUGCUGAGCACUGGGGAAGGAAUGUGAUACAAAUGUGUUCUUUGUGUUGAGCAGUCCACAGCCUAACUUGAGUUUUACAGUUACUUUUGCCAGAACUUCAAAUGGGCAUGUCCACAGGAAUACAUAUUUUAGCAGUGAAAAAAAUAAAAUUUGAAUUUUCAGAAUGUUGGAAGGAAACUGGGCUGAAGAAGGAAGUGAACCAAAAUUCCCAACACAUACAACAUGCUGAAACUUGGGUCCGUAGGAGGAGAUGCCUUUAAUCCCAGCACUCGGGAGGCAGAAGCAGGCAGAUUUCUGAGAUCAAGUCCAGCCUGAUCUACAGAGCAAGUUCCAAGACAGCCAAAGAAACGCUGUCUUCUGUCUUGGGGUGGGGGAGGGGAGAGUAAGUAUUCACUGGUGUGAAAGGUCAGCUCUAUCCUGAGAUGUGGAAGGAAGUGAGGGUGAGAGGAGGAACAGGAAGGAGAAGCAAAAGCCUACAGCGGCAUAUGAGAUACAGUAAGCAUACAGCCCUAAAGUGAGAGCCUUAUCACCCUGAGAGCAAAUGAUCACAGGUCCCACGCACGAUGUGAGACUGGAUACAGCAAGAAACAGGCCAGCAAUUUAUCGAAGUAUGCAGAUCUCACACAAAUACUUAAACUACAAUUGCUGCUAAAAAUCAUUAAUAAAGGACUAACAAGGUUUAAUAAUCCUCAACUUCUAAAAACAUGGGACGCUCUGAGCCAGAUGUGGUGGUGCACACCUACCACCCCACACUUGGGAAGCAGUGCCUGGGCUACAUAGUGGGCCCUGCAUUAACCUCCACCCAAGAGACACCCCAUAAUAAACCUCAUAGAAAUAUUCAAGGAGACAUGGCUCCGCAGUUAGACCAUGACUCACUUCUGCAGAGGACCUGAGUUCAAUUCACAGCAGCCAUGUUGUGUGGGCUCACAAACUGCUUUUAACUCAAGUCCCAGGAAUAUCCAUUCCUUCUGGCUUCUGUAGGCACAUACACACACACAUGUACACACCUACACACAGACACACACACACUCAUAUACAUAUCGAAUUAAAAAAAUAGACAAGAGCUUUUGAAAACCGGUUAAAAUUGAUAAGAAUAACAUUCUCAAGCUAUUAAAAUAACAACAACUCUCUUGCAUCUAAUAUGAAAGUGCCUAAAACUUACAGUUGAAAAUAGCAGGCAUUGACGGGUCAUCUUAUAAACCAAAGUCCUAGGAGAACUGAGUUUUAUUGAAAUGAAGUGUGAGAACUGGUUGGCAUUUCUAUAAUCAGUGGCCAGUUGUCUGGCAAGUAAUUUCUGUGUGAUACUGGAAAUAGACCCCAUAAUAAAUGUUCUUUUACACUGAACAUUGUGUAAUGCACCCCUCUAAGUAAUUUUCCUAGAAAUAAUUUAUUUGUUAUUAAGUGUUAAUGUCUGGCUAAGAGAGGCCCACACUAUAGAAGACUUUGCUACAUUGGCUAAUCUGACCAUGGCUGCCUCCUGCCCUGCCCAAAAUUCACUUUAAGCUGAAGAAACGAGAGGCUGGAGAAAGUGGAUUCCUUUAAGUGACUUAAGCUGGAUUUAGAAGUCUUACUCACUACCCUUUCAUUUCUUUGCUCACUCCUGUGAUGAUUGUCUGGUGUCCCCUCUGGCCUCCAGAAUGGAUAGCUUUUUCUUCAGAACGUUCAUUCUUGAAUGCCUUCUAGCAACUCCAGUGAAGCCGUGUUCCCAGAGAUGCAUUAAAGGUUCUGAUAGGCAAAGAAGUUGCGGCAUUCGUGUGCUGUAGUUUCAGCAUCAGCGAGCUUCACAUGCUCCUGUAGUCUGUCCACGGCAUAGCUAAGUGGGCAGUUCUGGAUCUAUGGCUCUGUGUGAGUGCUGGGACACAGAAUAAAGACAUGAUUUCAAAUUCAGUAGACUGGAUCGAAGAUCUGACUUAGGUCUAAAAAAAACCUAAAUUUUAAAGAAGGCAUCAAGCAUGUAGAACCUCUAUCAGUUGCAUUAUUUUGGGAUUAAAAGGAAACAGAAAUAAAGAGGGAAGAAACCUGAAAAUGGCAGUGCCCAGCUAAAAUGUAAUUCCAGCAUUUGGAAAGUAGAGUCCUGAAGGUCAGUCACAACCUUCCUUCUCCCCCAGUAUGCCAGCUCUAAUGAUACAGGCUUAUAAUCUCUCUCUCUCUCUCUCUCUCUCUCUCUCUCUCUCUCUCUCUCUCCCUCCCUCCCUCCCUCCCUCCCUCCUUCCCCUCCCCCCCUUCUCUCUCUCUCACACACACACCCACCCAUAGUUCUCACUCUGAAAAUAAAAGAUUAUCCUAGAACCAAAUUUGGGUGACCGUGGCCCAGAAACACAGAUUCAGGUUAACCCAAAUUCAAAAUUUUAAUGUGGAAGCAGUUUCAUGAAAUUGUACCUCAUUGCACCUCUCUGUGUACAUCACAAGUUAGAGCAAGAUGUAGGAAGCUUUCCAAUAGGUCUGAGACACUGUCUGAUGACGGCCAUAGCUUUGGGAGUUGAUGAGUAGUCUGCUAAGUGAAUAAAUUAUGAAAGGUUUUUACCUAUUACCCAAAGGUCCUUAGUUCUGAUACAAAGGUGGUGAAGGAAUGACUGGUCCAGGUGCUAAAGCUGGUGGGAGAUAGGACAAGCUUCUGGAUCUGCACCAUUCCAACCUCCCGACCGCCUGCGGCUCUAAUCAGUCGAUCAAUCUCAGCAGACGCAGCUUAUUUCCUGGAAUUCUCACCCAACACCAGCUACUCUGGAGGACUGUAAGUUCACAGUCAGCUUUCAUUCCAGAGUUCAAGGCCACCCAGGACAAUUCAGUGAGACACUAUCUCAAAAUACAAAGUAAAGGGUAUCAAAGGACACAGGGUUCUCGUGCUCACACACAGCACCAGAGAAACCAGAGUUAUUAAACACGCAGGCAGUUUCAUUCAAUGAAAGAAGCUGUCACGUGAUAUCCAUCCAGAAGGCUGGGAAUGGAUUCGUUAAUACCGGUUGAUCUUUGCUAUUCUGUAAGGCCAGCCUUCACUGAAUCCCUCAGAAUCCUGAGCUUUGUUUCCUGGUCAAUUGAAUCCAUUCUUAGACUAUACAAACCCUUCCUCCCCAUGCCCAGACUCUGGAGCAAUUUCUCAAUCAAUCCAAGCCAUCCUCACGGAAAAGGUCACAGGUGCUCUCUGCUACAGAGUGGUACCUUGUUGGGAUAAUUGUCAGAUGGAAACUUCUUUUUCUAAAGUUUUGCUGCAUUUAAAGGUGUUUUAAAAAACCUCUAAGAGUCAGACUCCAGAAGUUUUGGCCGGGCAGCAGCUAAGUUGAGAUGAACCCAGAUUUCAUUCUUACCUCACCUGGAUUGUUUCCCUGUUGGCUGUGACACUUGCAGCCCCUCUUCCACUCCCGCUCCCCAAAAAAGGAGGAUUGAAGAUGAAGCUAGGGUUACAGUGUUUUCUUGGCAUACUUGAAGCUUGAAACCCUUGGAACUACUGAAACUAAUUAAGCUAGAAGUAAGCUUCACUGAGUCAAUGUCUCAUUUUAAGGUAGGGACAUUUAAAAUAUAUUUGAUUUCUUAUUUUCGGUUUUUGUUAUAUGGUUUGAUUUUUAUACAUGUGUACAGGUGCCCUUAGGUGCCAGAAGCCAGGGUGGAUUCCUGGAGCUUCAGUUACAGGAGAUUGUGUGCUGUCUGACGUGGGCAUUAGGAAUUAAACCAGAACCCUCUCCCUGAGCACCAAGUACAAUUAACUGCUGAGUCAUUUUUCCAUAUCCCUUAGGAGGGGGGGCUUUUUUUUUUUUAUUAACUUGAGUAUUUCUUAUAUACAUUUCGAGUGUUAUUCCCUUUCCCGGUUUCCGGGCAAACAUCCCCCUAAUCCCUCCCCCUCCCCUUCUUUAUGGGUGUUCCCCUCCCCAUCCUCCCCCCAUUGCCGCCCUCCCCCCAACAAUCUAGUUCACUGGGGGUUCAGUCUUAGCAGGACCCAGGGCUUCCCCUUCCACUGGUGAUCUUACUAGGAUAUUCAUUGCUACCUAUGAGGUCAGAGUCCACAGUCAGUCCAUGUAUAGUCUUUAGGUAGUGGCUUAGUCCCUAGAAGCUCUGGUUGCUUGGCAUUAUUGUACAUAUGGGGUCUUCAAGCUCUUUCAGUUCUUUCUCUGAUUCCUUCAACGGGGGUCCUAUUCUCAGUUCAGUGGUUUGCUGCUGGCAUUCGCCUCUGUAUUUGCUGUAUUCUGGCUGUGUCUCUCAGGAGCGAUCUACAUCCGGCUCCUGUCGGUCUGCACUUCUUUGCUUCAUCCAUCUUGUCUAAUUGGGUGGCUGUAUAUGUGUGGGCCACAUGUGGGGCAGGCUCUGAAUGGGUGUUCCUUCUGUCUCUGUUUUAAUCUUUGCCUCUCUAUUCCCUGCCACGGGUAUUCUUAUUCCCCUUUUAAAGAAGGAGUGAAGCAUUCACAUUUUGAUCAUCCGUCUUGAGUUUCAUGUGUUCUAGGCAUCUAGGGUAAUUCAAGCAUUUGGGCUAAUAGCCACUUAUCAAUGAGUGCAUACCAUGUGUGUUUUUCUAUGAUUGGGUUACCUCACUCAGGAUGAUAUUUUCCAGUUCCAACCAUUUGCCUACGAAUUUCAUAAAGGCAUUGUUUUUGAUAGCUGAGUAAUAUUCCAUUGUGUAGAUGUACCACAUAUUCUGUAUCCAUUUCCAUUCCUCUGUUGAAGGGCAUCUGGGUUCUUUCCAGCUUCUGGCUAUUAUAAAUAAGGCUGCAAUGAGGAGGGGGGCAUUUUUAAAGUCAAGUUCUCCUUCUGAAAGUUCUAACCAAAGAAGUGCACCAUUUUAAAGUAUCAAAUUCUUGAGGCUGACGAAAUGACACAGCAGUUAAGAGAGGCUCCCAGCAUCCAUGUUGAGUUGCCUCUGACUCCCUAUAACUCAGCUUUAGGGUAUCUGACCCCCUCUGCUGGCCUCUGAAGGCACUGCGCUCAUAUCCACGUGACCUAUACACACACACACACACACACACACACACACACACACACACACACACACACACACACACUAAAGUCUCCUGUUCAGUAUGUUUUCAUAUACUUUUCACAGUGCACACCAUCACAUCACCACUGCCUAAUUCUGGAGCCAUUGAGUUUUGUGUGUAGCUCUCUGCAGGACUUUAUACACUGCAGUUCAGCCCCAGGAAAACCUACAUUUUGUGUGUAUGUUCUUUCCUCGGCCCUCUGAAUAGCAGUCAGUGGGGUAAGCUUCUCAAUUUGUCAGGAGUCUCUUUCGGUGGAACUCGGCUGUUUUCAGAUGAUUCCGUCUCUUUAGGACAGCAGCCUAGUCCUUUAGGCUUCUUCGCAUUGCUUGCCAAUCUGACACUGGGGUAGGGUGGUUCUCACACUGUCUGGGGAAGAAGUCUCAUUCAGAUUCUUACUGAGUUGGUCUUGGGCACGGAAGGCUAUUGAGAGUUUACUGAGAACUGCUGAUUUGGGGGAAGUCGUAUACAUACCGAAGACCUCUGGAUUCCCCUGAAAUACUUCCACAGACUCAGUGAGGAAAAAUAAAAAUAGACUUUUGUCUUGACAUCCUUUGUCUUGACAUGAGGAAAGAAACAGCAACUACUUCAAACUGCGUUACCUCACUUCUAUAUGUAAGAUGUACACCCCAGUACAUAUCAGAGAUUCUUAAAACAAAUUCCUCUCUCAUGACCCCUUUCCCAACUAACCACUAACAGAAGCAGUGUGUGGCAUAAUCCUGUGAUUCCAGUGCUGAGAGAUUAAGGAAAGCCUGGUGUGGUGGCACAUGCCUAUAAAUAACCCCAGCACUGGGAGGUAGAAGCAGGCAGAUCUCCGUGAGUUCAAAACCAGCCCGGUCUACAGAGUGAGUUCCAGGACAGUCACGGCUACGUACUGAGACCUUGUCUUAAAAAAAGAAGCAAGCAAAAAAAAAAAAAAAAUAGACACAGAGACAGAGACAAAAAGACAGAGAGAGGGAGAAAGAGACCCACAGCAGAGACAGAGAGAGAGUGCGAGCUAGAAAGAGAGCGAGAUGGGGGUGGGGGGGGGUGGUUAAGGGAGAAGAAUUGAAAAUUUGAGGCCAGCCUGGACUAAACAGUGAAACCUUGUCUUAGAAGAACCAAAGGACACCGUGUAAUGUGGCUGUGGGCCGUGCAAAUGCAGGCUGUAUCCCAACCAGCCGCUCUUUCUUCUAUUCCUUCUCUUCUCACUUUUUGUAAGUUCCAACUGCCUCUCUUCUCACCUCAGUCCCCUUACCAACACUAUGGCUCACCCAGACCCCUCCGCCCCCACCCAGCCCAUCUUGGUUCCUACUUAUCCAUCACCUAUGACACUUAAGCCCUGGGGAGGGUCUGAUGUUGCAAUUGGACAAACAGAAGUCCAGUCAGCUAUCUGGAUGGACUCUAGGUCUGAAGGAGGAGCCUCCUCUUUCUCUCUUCACUUCCUGUCAUGGGAGCUGGAAGGCAGCUAAGAAAGGGAUUUUGAGACUGUCCAAGGGCUCCUCUUUCUGCUUCUGUGGACGGUUCUCAGGAAACACAAAUGUUCUCAGUAUCCAUGUAGCAUCCCCAUCAGCAGAGCAGUACCGACUGACAGUUACUUCACAGCCCCAAAUCACCCAUCGAGACCACAGGAAAUAUGGGAUGUAUUAAAUCAAAAAGGAAAGACAAUCUGAAUGACGAUGGAGUAGAUAUGAAGACUCAACCAGUACGUAAUACUGACCGAACUAUUUAUGUGAGAGAUCCAACGUCCAAUAAACAGCAAAGGCCAGUUCCUGAAUCUCAACUUUUACCAGGACAGAGAUUUCAAGCAAAAGAUCCAGAGGAGCAAGGGGACAUUGUGGUGGCCUUGUAUCCCUAUGAUGGCAUCCACCCAGACGACUUGUCUUUCAAGAAAGGAGAAAAGAUGAAAGUUCUGGAAGAGCACGGGGAGUGGUGGAAAGCUAAGUCCCUUUCAUCAAAGAGAGAAGGCUUCAUCCCCAGCAACUACGUGGCCAAGGUCAACACCUUAGAAACCGAAGAGUGGUUCUUCAAGGACAUAACAAGGAAAGAUGCAGAACGACAGCUUCUGGCACCAGGGAACAGUGCCGGGGCUUUCCUGAUCAGAGAAAGUGAAACUUUAAAGGGAAGCUUCUCUCUUUCCGUCAGAGAUUACGACCCUAUGCAUGGCGACGUCAUUAAGCACUACAAAAUCAGAAGCCUGGACAAUGGUGGUUAUUACAUCUCUCCGAGGAUCACUUUUCCCUGUAUCAGUGACAUGAUUAAGCAUUACCAAAAGCAGUCUGAUGGUCUAUGCAGAAGACUGGAGAAGGCAUGCAUCAGUCCCAAACCACAGAAGCCAUGGGAUAAAGAUGCUUGGGAGAUCCCCCGGGAGUCCAUUAAGCUGGUGAAAAAACUCGGCGCAGGGCAGUUCGGGGAAGUCUGGAUGGGUUACUAUAACAACAGCACAAAAGUGGCUGUAAAGACCCUCAAGCCUGGCACCAUGUCUGCUCAAGCAUUCCUGGAAGAGGCCAACCUCAUGAAGACCUUGCAGCAUGACAAGCUAGUGCGGCUGUAUGCCGUGGUCACCAAGGAGGAGCCCAUCUACAUCAUUACCGAGUUCAUGGCCAAGGGUAGCUUGCUGGAUUUCCUCAAGAGUGACGAAGGCAGCAAGGUUCUGCUCCCGAAACUCAUUGACUUUUCAGCUCAGAUUGCAGAAGGCAUGGCGUACAUCGAGCGGAAGAACUACAUCCACCGCGAUCUGCGAGCUGCCAACGUGCUGGUCUCUGAGUCUCUCAUGUGCAAGAUUGCAGACUUUGGCCUCGCGAGAGUAAUCGAAGAUAAUGAAUACACAGCGAGGGAAGGUGCCAAGUUCCCUAUCAAGUGGACGGCUCCAGAGGCCAUCAACUUCGGCUGCUUCACUAUCAAGUCUGACGUGUGGUCCUUCGGAAUUCUCCUGUACGAGAUCGUCACCUAUGGGAAGAUUCCCUACCCAGGGAGAACUAACGCAGAUGUGAUGACCGCACUGUCACAGGGGUACCGAAUGCCACGAAUGGAGAACUGUCCAGAUGAGCUCUAUGACAUCAUGAAAAUGUGCUGGAAGGAAUCAGCAGAGGAGAGGCCAACCUUUGACUACUUACAGAGUGUACUGGAUGACUUCUACACUGCCACGGAAGGGCAGUAUCAGCAGCAGCCAUAGUGGGCAUGGAGACCAGCCCACUGGAGCUCAUAGGAAAAGCAGCCGUGGCGGAGAAUACCAGGACCCUCUGUGUUCCUGGUUCCUGUGGACAGGAUGCAUUAACUCAGGAAGAACAUCCUGGACAGAGGAUGCUGUUUCAUACAUGGGUGGCCACUGCUCAGUGGGACCACGGUCAGAAUACAAACACCCCCUCUCUCCAAUAAGCACACUGGCUCUACGUGGGCCAAGUGACUCAGGUUCAGAGACUUGCAACAAAUUCCCAGAUGCAACAAGAACUAAACUCACUUAGCGAAAGUAAACCCCGUGCACAGCAGAUGCUCCCUUACCUUCUCAGUGCUUUGGCUUACUUUCUUAAAAACUACUAAUCCAGCCUGUUGAAUUUUACAGGCGAAGGCCACGAGCUUUAAAACAUCUUCUCUAAAUUCGAAUGGUUUUUUUUUUUUUUUUGGCUUGGGAAGUUUGAUUCCUCCUCACCUCCCACCUCACCCCCCAGAAAAUGAGACGAUUAAACAUUUUCCUUUGCGGUAAGAUCACUGGACCUAAGGCAGCACUCACUCCCCCUGCAGGAGCGCUGUGCGUGGGUGGGCACGCAGAAGGACCUUUGCUGAACUGGAGCCCUUUGGACAGAAAAGCCUCAAGUUCUGCCCUGUAGAGGAAUGUUUGUAAUGGUCCAGGUAUUUCAGUCACAGGUUUCUCUCAAGGCUUUCCUGAUGGUGUCCUUUGGGAGAAACGUAAGCGUCUCUCCUAGUCUGUCAGGACUUUAUGAGACCCUCCAAAAAUACAAAGCAUUUCUCUCAUUGCCUCAAAUGACUUGAACAUUUUAUAAAUCAUAUAGUAUAGUCGUACUCUAAGGAAGUUAAAAUGCCAUGUUGGGGGCUAUUUUUGUGACUCAGUAAUCUUUUCUAAAUUGUGUGGGAGACUAUUUACACGUGAAGGUAGGAAGCAGGCAAUCAUGGAGAAGCCUCUGGUGACCAGAGCAGUUUCGUUACCUGGGUUUUUCCCCUGUAAACUCCCAUUAGAAACUGCUGUGUCUGUCCCUUUCACUGGUGUUACUGUGUACAUACCUAAUAUUUCUAUUUUUGAUUUUAUUUUAAUACACCCAAUAACAUCUUGA